CAGGAAAGAGAGCCAAACUGCUCAUUCUUUCUGGAAGCCGGGAUCUUGUUCUCUCGCCAUUUUGCCGCCUUGUUGUGAGAAGAUUGGAUUAUUUGUCGCUGCUCUUGUUAUCCGACUUAUAUAUUUGAAUCAUCAUGACUGAAGAUUAUUUUUGGGGUCUCACUCUGAGCAAGGAACACCCAACAGAAAUUUGGGAUCCAGACAUGAAGUCUCCAGGUGGUGGGGAUGCUAAUGAUUCUCAUGCCCUAAGGGGAGAGCACACUCUUGUUGUUAAACAGGCAGUACUAGGACCUAAAACAGCAGACGGUGAAGUGAAUGUGGUUCAAGCUGAAGCCAUGGGAUACAAGUCAGAUAUCAAAUUCCCAAUUGCAGUACUCAAAGGAGGAGCACAAAGCCAGGCAGUAUUGGACUUGCUGUUCCCUGACCCCCCAGUCACAUUCAAGUUGAUACAGGGCAAUGGUCCUAUCCACCUUCUUGGCAAUCAUUCUGUAGGGUCGGGAGAAAUGGUUGGGGAGGAUGAUGAAGAUGAUGAGUUGGAGGAUGAACUGGAAGAAGAGGACAUGGAUGAUUUGGAUGAUAUUCCAGACAGAAAUAGUAUCGAAGAUAAGAAAAGAAAAUUACCACAACAGGCGUCAAAUUCAAAACCAAAGGCCAAAAAAAUAAAAGCUGAAGAUGAGAAAUAGUUUUAGAGCCCAAUUCAACUCACUUCAAACCACAAACAACAUUGUACUGAAGAUCGCAUCAAUUCAUCCACGAAUAUCUUUAGUUUUUUCAACCACCAUCAAGUGUUUGUGGAUUUUGUGAAAAUCUUCACUGUGUUGUGUUGGACCAUUACAAUCUCAUUAUGAGCCAGUACCUUAAUUGACGAUUUUAAUAACAUGUUAAGAAAGUAAACCAAGUUUACUAACAGUGAACUAAAUAAACAUUCCCAAAAGGAUUUUUUAAUUCAAUGAGUAUUUUUUAUUAAUAAAUUGAAAAUAUUUGUGUUUCGUCUUUUUCAAGUGUUAAAGUUCGUGCUUAAAGAAAAUUAACUGUUGCUUUUUUUGGACACAAUGAUUUCAUUACGAAACUAUAUGUUCCUUUAGUGUAAUUAACUUAGUUGUUGUUAAAAUCAUGCCAGCAUCUCUGGCAAAAGUGGUCCAGAGGGCAUCUGUAAAUUGUAUUUUUCAUAUCAUACUUUCAUUUUAAGCCAAUAACAAGUAUUUGUAGUAA